AUGUCUGACUACGGCGGCGACGACCACGAGGACACUUACGACUACGAGCCCCAGGAGGAGGUGUUCGAAGAGAACGAGCCGGAAGAUUUUCUUGACCAGGAUGGUCUUGACGAUGGCGCCGAAGAAGGCCCGUACGACCCCGCCGUCAAUGGCGAGAACAUUGUUUCCUCGGGCGACCUCAAUGCUGGAUACAACGGCAAGGUGAUGGAGCAGGCACGCGAGAAGAAGGUUCCCAACGACCAGCGUACUACCACCCCGUACCUGACCAAGUACGAGCGCGCUCGUGUUCUCGGCACCCGAGCUUUGCAGAUCAGUAUGAACGCGCCCGUGCUGGUUGAUCUCGAGGGUGAAACCGACCCCCUUCAAAUCGCCGUGAAGGAAUUGAACCAGAAAAAAAUCCCUCUCAUCGUGCGACGCUAUCUGCCGGAUGGAUGGUACGAGGACUGGACUUGCGAGGAGCUCCUGUAG